AGAAGAGAGGCUCUCUCACUUUCGAUCCAAUCCAUCGCUGGCAUUCUGGAAUGCCAGUGUAGUGCUAACAGGAAAUAGGGUUUUACGAAGCGUUUGGAGACAUGGCGCUCCACCACUCUGCCGCCGCCGCUACUGCUCCCUCGAUGCUUCAGCGAUCGGAGAUGCUCUCGGCGCCCUCGGAGAUUGCCGCUCUUAGAUUCCCGGCGCUCGAUUCGACGAAGAAUCUCCGGAUCGGUCACAGGCAAUGCUCGCCCUCGCCCCGGGCAGUGGCCUCGGCGGCAGCGACGGCAGGUCCCAAGCGCGAGACGGAUCCAAAGAAGCGGGUCGUGAUCACGGGCAUGGGACUGGUGUCCGUGUUUGGCAGCGAUACCGACAAGUACUACGACAAGCUCUUGGAAGGAGUAAGUGGAGUGGCUGCCAUCGAUCGGUUCGAUGCCUCACAAUUCCCUACCAAGUUCGCGGCACAAAUCCGGGAUUUCUCGGCCAAAGGCUACAUCGAUGGCAAGAAUGACCGCCGCCUGGACGAUUGUCUUAGAUACGGCAUUGUUGGUGGCAAGAAGGCCCUCGAGCACGCUGGACUAGGAGGGGAAAACCUGGAUAAGGUUGACAAGCAACGAGUUGGUGUUCUAGUCGGUUCCGGAAUGGGAGGACUCAGUGUCUUCUCGGAUGGUGUUCAGUCACUGAUCGAGAGGGGCUACAGGAAGAUCACUCCAUUUUUCAUUCCUUACUCGAUUACCAACAUGGCUUCUGCGAUGCUGGCUAUCGAGCUGGGACUUAUGGGGCCGAACUAUUCCAUUUCGACGGCUUGUGCUACCUCGAACUACUGCUUCUAUGCUGCCGGGAACUCAAUCCGAAGAGGCGAGGCCGAUAUCAUGAUUGCCGGAGGCACCGAGGCAGCCAUUAUUCCAGUUGGUCUUGGCGGAUUCGUAGCUUGCAGAGCUCUCUCUCAAAGGAACGACGAGCCUCAAACCGCGUCCCGGCCGUGGGACAAAGGUCGUGAAGGAUUUGUCAUGGGUGAAGGCGCGGGCGUCCUGGUAAUGGAAAGCCUUGAACACGCAAAGAAGCGAGGCGCUCAUAUUUUUGCGGAGUACUUGGGCGGUGCAGUGACUUGUGAUGCGCACCACAUGACCGAUCCUCGUGCCGACGGACUGGGAGUGUCGACUUGCAUAGAGAAAAGUCUUGAAGACGCCGGAGUGUCUCCAGAGGAGGUGAACUACAUCAAUGCUCACGCGACGUCGACGGUGGUCGGUGAUCUCGCGGAGAUUAAUGCCAUCAAAAAGGUGUUUAGCGAAUCCAGCGACAUCAAGAUCAACGCAACAAAGGUAUGGAGUUUACAGCUUGAUUGCGUUCUAACAUCUCAUGAAAAACAGUCUAUGAUUGGACACUGUCUUGGUGCUGCUGGAGGUAUGGAAGCAAUAGCAGUGAUCAAAGCGAUCACUACUGGCUGGCUCCACCCAACAAUCAACCAGUUUGAUCCCGAGCCAUCUGUAAACUUCGAUAGAGUAGCGAACGUAAAAAAGCAGCACGAAGUGAAUGUUGCCAUCUCGAAUUCGUUUGGGUUUGGAGGGCACAACUCCGUCGUGGUGUUCGCGCCAUACAACCCAUGAAAAGGAUGGAUUUAAAGAGGCUAUUACCUCUGAGAAUUUUUUGGGAACUUUUAUUUUUAUAGAGGUAAAAAUAAAAUUACUUUUAAAA